AUGGGCGCGGGGAUGGAGGCGGAGGAAGGGGUGAUGGCAACGGACUUCUUCUGGUCGUACACGGACGAGCCGCACGCGUCGCGCCGCCGGGAGAUCCUGGCCAAGUACCCGCAGAUCAAGGAGCUCUUCGGCCCGGAUCCGUGGGCCUUCCUCAAGAUUGCUUUGGUUGUGUUGCUUCAGCUAUGGACUGCUACAUUCCUCCGCGAUGCCAGCUGGUUGAAGCUACUGACGGUGGCCUACUUCUUUGGCUCCUUCCUAAACCACAACCUGUUCCUUGCUAUCCAUGAGCUGAGCCACAACCUUGCCUUCACAACCCCAUCCCUCAAUCGCUGGCUGGGCAUCUUCGCAAACCUCCCCAUCGGCGUCCCCAUGUCCAUAACGUUCCAAAAGUACCACCUGGAGCACCACCGGUUCCAGGGCGUGGACGGCAUCGACAUGGACAUCCCGAGCCAAGUGGAGGCACAUGCCGUGAGGAACGCCGUCAGCAAGUCCAUAUGGGUCGUGCUCCAGCUCUUCUUCUAUGCGCUGCGGCCGGUCUUCCUGAAGCCGAAGCCCCCUGGCCUGUGGGAGUUCACCAACCUGGCCGUCCAGGCCGGUCUCGACGCCGGCCUCGUCUGGCUGUGCGGCUGGAAGUCGCUCGCGUACCUGAUCCUCUCCACGUUCGUCGGGGGCGGCAUGCACCCCAUGGCGGGCCACUUCAUCACGGAGCGCUACGUGUUCAGCCCGGAGCAGGAGACGUACUCGUACUACGGGCCCCUGAACCUGAUGGCGUGGCACGUCGGGUACCACAACGAGCACCACGACUUUCCCAGGAUCCCCGGCACCAGGCUGCACAGGGUGAAGGAGAUCGCGCCGGAGCACUACGACAGCCUCAAGUCGUACAGGUCCUGGAGCCAGGUCAUAUACAUGUACAUCAUGGACCAGACGGUCGGCCCUUUCAGCCGGAUCAAGAGGAAGGCGUCCAAGAAAGACUCGUAG